AGAAUUGUCCUUAUCAGAAGCUGUCAAUGUCCGAUUUAACCUCAAACCAAAACAAAUAUGUUGCCCUCGCUCAGGGGAUCGCUAUUGACCCGUGCGGUUAAAAGAACUCUGUUUUUGCUAGAGUGUCCGAAGACAACCUUGGCACAGCGUAUUCCUGUAGCAGUGCAACCUGUGAAACCAAAAUCCAAAAAAGUUGAGGGACAAUAUUUCAGCGAUUCAAAAUACGUGCGGGCCAUUGGCGGCAAGGGUGGUGAUGGCUGCAUAUCUUUCCUUCAACUCUGGUGCAACGAAAACGCUGGUCCGGAUGGCGGAGACGGUGGCAAUGGAGGUCACGUCCUGUUAGAAGCAUCGCGUGAAGUGAACAAUUUCAAUCACAUUCCGUCACUCCUCCGGGGAGAUGAUGGCGAGAAAGGGCGAAACCAGGACUGUCACGGCAAGAAUGCCUCCCAUACUAUCAUCAAAGUCCCCAUCGGGACCAUCGUAAAGAAUCAACAGGGCAAAGUGGUCGCCGAUCUGGACAAGGAAAGUUUAAAGUUCGUGGCAGCCCGAGGAGGAAGCGGCGGCAAAGGCAAUCAUUUUUUCGCAUCCGACACAGAACAGGCUCCCAAAGUCUGUGAAUAUGGCGCCCAAGGGGAGGAGUUGGCCUAUAAUUUGGAGCUGCGGAGCAUGGCCCAUGUAGGUUUCAUUGGUUUCCCGAAUGCUGGUAAGAGCACUCUUUUGCGAGCGAUAACACGCGCCCAUCCUAAGGUGGCGCCGUAUCCCUUCACAACCCUCAGGCCUAACAUCGGAAUGGUCCUCUACGAUGACUACGAACAAGUCGCCAUCGCCGACCUGCCGGGAUUGAUCCCGGACUCACACAAGAACAAGGGUCUCGGGAUCCAGUUCCUCAAACACGCCGAGCGGUGCUCUGUGUUGCUCUUUGUGAUCGAAGUAGCGAAUGACGAGCCGUGGAAGUACUACGAGACGUUGAUCUUCGAACUGGGGAAGUUCAGCCAAGAACUAGUGAAGCGCCCUAAGCUGAUUGUCGCCAACAAAAUGGAUCUGCCGGAAGCGGAUCGGAAUCUGAAGUUGCUGAAGAAGAAAGUCGACGUGCCCGUCAUCGCGAUCAGCGCCCAGAAUGAGACGAACCUCCCGAAUCUGCUGCAGGAGAUCAGGAAAUUGUACGACAGUUCCAGGCAAAAGGCGAAAACAUAGCACUUGCACUAACUUUAGGCCAAAGUCAAGCUAAAUUUGUUGUGAUCGUGGUUUAUUAAUAAAAUUAAGUUAUAAAUCAGGA